AUGUUGGAUAUGGGUUUCGAACCACAGAUUAGACAGAUUGUCGAUUUAUCGGAGAUGCCGGAGAAAGGAAAGCGUGUAACGGCGAUGUUCUCGGCGACAUUCCCGAAAGAGAUUCAGGUGUUGGCACAAGACUUCCUGAUGCCCAAUUAUGUGUUCUUGGCGGUCGGUCGUGUUGGCUCAACAUCCGAAAAUAUCAUGCAGAAGAUUGUUUGGGUGGAGGAGAACGAGAAGAAAAGUUUCCUGAUGGACUUGCUCGAUGCUGGAGGUUAUUAUCUCGUCGUUUGUAUUGGAUGUCGAUUCGUGUAUUUCAUUCUUCUUUUAUUAACGGCACUUGUUUAUUUUCGAGAUUUGAUGGUCUUAAUAUGCAUCAAUUUGUUUAAAUAUACCACAACCAGUGUAUGUGGUAUUACUGAAUGA